CCCCCUCCCUCUGUCUGUCUCUCUCUCCCUCCCUCCCUCUCCUCUCUCUUUCUCCCCUCUCCCUCGGCUUUGUGCAGCUGCAGCUGUGAUGCGCCCGGGGCUGGGCAGCCGGGGGCGGGGGGGGCGGGGGCACCGAGCUGCACCGGGGCGCACUGGGGAGGGGCGCUUUGUGUCAGCUACGGCUCCGGGGCGCAGCCGCCGGCUCUAGACGGGGGAAGCCCCCGAGGCCGGCUACCACCCCCUCCCCUGGCCCGAGUCCUCUCCCUGGAGCCGCCGGGACCCAGCCCCCGCCCCGCAGGAAGACCCUUUGCUGGCGAGCCCUUCUCCACUUUGACACCAUGAUCUCAGCCAAAGAGAAGACCAAGGCUCCCAAAGACAGCAUGACCCUUCUGCCCUGCUUCUACUUUGUGGAGCUGCCCAUUGUGGCCUCAUCCAUCGUGACGUUGUAUUUCCUGGAGCUCACGGACCUCUUCAAGCCUGCCAAGGUCGGGUUCCAGUGUCAUGACCGGACUCUGUCCAUGCCCUACGUAGAGACCAAUGAGGAGCUGAUCCCCCUCCUAAUGCUCCUCAGCCUGGCUUUUGCCGCCCCCGCUGCCUCGAUCAUGGUAGGGGAGGGCAUCGUGUACUGCCUGCAGUCCAACCUGAAAGGGCGCAGCGGCUCGGAGGGCAGCAUCAAUGCCGGUGGCUGCAACUUUAACUCCUUUCUCCGCAGGACGGUCCGGUUUGUGGGAGUCCACGUGUUCGGCCUGUGUGCCACAGCCCUGGUCACAGACAUCAUUCAGCUGGCCACAGGCUACCACGCUCCCUUCUUCCUGACCGUCUGUAAACCUAACUACACCCUCCUGGGAACCUCCUGUGACUCCAACCCUUACAUCACCCAGGAUAUCUGUUCUGGCCAGGACCUGCAUGCCAUCCUGUCUGCCAGGAAGACCUUCCCCUCCCAGCAUGCCACGCUGUCGGCCUUCGCCGCCGUCUACGUGUCUAUGUACUUCAACUCCAUCAUCUCAGACAGUACCAAGCUCCUCAAACCCAUCCUGGUCUUCGCCUUCGCCAUCGCCGCCGGUGUCUGCGGCCUGACCCAGAUCACACAGUACCGCAGUCACCCCAUUGACGUUUACGUGGGCUUCAUCAUUGGCUCCGGCAUUGCUGCCUAUCUGGCAUACCAUGCCGUGGGCAACUUCUGUGCCCCAUCGGAGAAGCCACCUGCACAUCCUCCAGCCCAGGAUGCUCUGCGGGCCCUGACCCAAAGGGGCCACGACUCUGUCUACCAUCAGAACAAAUCAGUCAGCACUGAUGAGCUCAAUCCUGAGCCCCGCCUGGGAGGCCUCCACCGGCCCGUCCCCCGGGAGAAGCACUCACUGGGCAGUCUGAAGCGGGCCAGUGUGGACGUGGACCUCCUGGCCCCCCGCAGCCCCAUGGGUAAAGAGGGCAUGGUCACUUUCAGCAACACCCUGCCCCGGGUCAAUACACCAUCCCUGGAUGACCCCGCCCGGCGCCACAUGACCAUCCACGUCCCCUUGGACGCCUCCCGGUCCAAGCAGCUCAUCACCGAAUGGAAGCAGAAGUCCCUGGAGGGCCGUAGCAUGACCCUGGCCGAAGAGCCGGCACUGUCAGGGCACCUGCGGGCAGCGGCCGAGCCCAUGGAGGAAGAGGAGGAGGAGGAGGAGGAGGAAGAGGAAGAUGAGGAAGGCCCCAUCCCGCCCUCCCUAUACCCCACCGUGCAGGCAAGGGCUGGGACUGAGCGGGCCGGGCUGGGCCCCCGCGUCCUCAUUCAGCCCCGUCCCGGGGCUUCCCAGCUGGUCCACAUUCCUGAGGAGAACCAGGGUGGGCCCAGUGUCUCACCCAAGGGAGGCUCGGCUGUGCGGGCCAAAUGGCUGAUGAUGGCGGAGAAGGGGGCGGCGGCGGGGGCAGGGCAGAGGGUGGUGGCAGCCGGGGUGGGGCAGCGGGCGGUGGCGAACCCUCCGCGGCUCCUGCAGGUCAUCGCCAUGUCCAAGGCACCAGGGCUGGGGCCCGGGGGGCCGCCCAAGCCCUCAGAGGCCGGGUCAUCGUCCUCCGCCAGUUCCGACUCCUCCCAGUACCGCUCGCCCUCCGAGCGCGACAGUGGCAGCACGGUGACCGUGGAUGCCCACGCCCCGCACCACCCCGUGGUGCACCUGUCCUCGGGGAACGGGCCAUGGGAGUGGAAGGCCGCGCCCAAAGCGGGUGGCCACGGAGGUGAUGGCUAUGAGCUGGGGGAGCUGGGUAGGGAAUACCCCCGCGGCAGCGGCGGGAGCGCCGGUAGCUUCCGGCCGGCCAGGAGUGCGGGCGCUUCGCCCGGCUCUUCCGUCAGCGACGCAGAUCAGGAUGAGCCACGCUUCUGCGGGGCCGUGACCACCAUUAACGUGGCCACAGGGGAGGGGCUUCCUCCAGAGGGGAGUGGGGUGGCCCUUCUCGGGCCCGCCAGCCGUGAGUCCACACUGAGGCGCAAGCCCACCAGCCUGACCUUGACGGAGAAGGAUGGGGAUGCCGAGGCCGACAACUACUAUAAGAAGAUCCAAGCCAACCGGAGGUUCAAGGACUAGGCCGCCCAGCUGGCGGGGACAGGGACACUUGUAAAUAAUCCCUGUCGCUCUCUCCUUCCCCUCACCGCCACAUCUUCGGGGAGCAUCUGAUGACUUUUAAUCUUAUUGCUUGAGUGGCCCUAUCCUGGGAAUACAGAAAACCAACUGGGAGGAUCUUGA